AUGGAUUCAUCAGGUGCGGAACAGUCUGUGGAAGAACGAUCACUUUCUCCAUUGAAUGAUAGCUCUUUUCUGGAAAUUAUCGAACCAUCGGAAGUCAAACGUCAAUCCAAACACGGCUGGAAUUCGAGUGCCAGUUCGAAUGAGGCUUCCAAUUCGAGCGAUGAAGUAGAGGUUGUUUCCAUUUCCAGUCCAAUGCCAGAGCCUCCGCGGAAAUUGGCGAGACCCGGUCAUGCUUUGUCCAGAACGGCUUUGAGUUUUGAUCGACCAGGCCCGAGUUCUUUCCGACCGAGUGUGCCCAAACCAACGUCUUCCAUCUCCAAAACAACUUCUCUCGUCUCCAGACCAACUUCCAAUGUCUCGAAGCCAGCUUCUUCUAUCUCCAAACCAACUUCUUCUAUCUCCAAACCCCUAGGACCAACGAUUAUUCCGGCCCCAAGUAUCGAACCCGAAGAGUAUCAGAAGCUUAUCUCCAAUGAUCACGUCAAGAGAAAUUUCGCCGGCAAAAUGACCAUGGGUCGAUUUGAGGACAUCAGAGAUCAGACCAACAAUUUGAUCAAAAGCAUGCACGAGUAAGUUUCUUCGAUUUUUUGCGCAUUUCUUAUUUUAGAGCUCUCUCCACCGCUCCAGAUGAAAAAGUCUUCGCUCCGAAUCCCCAAGGUUUGAAGAUCGAGCUGAUGCAGCAUCAAAAGCAAGGUCUGGCCUGGCUUUUAUGGCGAGAGGGUCAAAAGCCCGGCAGUGGGAUCCUCGCCGACGACAUGGGGCUUGGAAAAACCCUGUCUAUGAUUGCCUUGAUCCUGGAACAGAAGAAUAGACGAUUGGCUGAUCCAGAUUAUCAAAGGAACAUUAGCCAAAGAAGAGAUGUUUGUCGUCAAAAGAACCUUGUUUUUUCCACAUCCACGUUGGUCGUCGCGCCUGCUUCGUUGAUCCAUCAAUGGCAAAAAGAAGUUGAGGAUCGACUCGCGAUGGGGAAAUUGAAUGUCCAUGUGUAUCAUGGGAACAAAAGAAAAAGCUCUGCCGCAUUGUAAGUUGGCGUUUUAAAUUUUGUAUUCCCCUGUUAUGACAUGCAAUCGCCUUGAAUUUGAUUACAAUUUAGAUUUUUUAAUGUUACAGGUUAGCUGGCUACGAUAUUGUCAUCACCACAUAUGGCACUCUGACCUCCGAUGUCGCCCUUGACAACAAUUCGAACUCGGUGUUGGCCAAGAUUGCCUGGGAUCGGAUUAUUUUGGAUGAGGCUCACAAAAUCAAAAACAGAAAGUCUAUGGUUUCAAGGAUCGCGUGCCAAUUGAGCGCCAUUCAUCGAUGGUGUUUGACUGGUACUCCCAUCCAAAAUGAACUCUGGGAUCUGUUCUCUUUGAUUCGAUUCAUGAAGAUCCAUCCAUUCCAUGAAGAAGGUCACUGGAAAUUGUACAUUAUGAGUGGAAACAGUAAGAAAUUCAAAAUUUUGUGCUCUUUUAUUUAGACUCUAUAAGCAAUUUUUAUGUUGUUAUAGAAAACAACGAACGUCUCAACACAUUGAUCAAAGGUCUCUUGCUAAGACGCACUAAGGAUCAGACGAUGGCUUUCAACAAUAAACCCAUCUUAACUUUGCCCAAGAGAACCUUUGAAGUCAUCGAAUUGGAGAUGAAGGGAGCUGAGGGAAGAUGCUAUCAGCUCAUGUUUGAAGCAUCUCGUCAGAAGGUCAAAGAGAUGAUCCAAAACAAUAACGAGAACGAAUUCAGAAGAAGGAAGAAGGAUAAAACGAAGAUUGUCAAUCCAUUCAUUGGUAGGUCUUGGAUAAUACACUGUUUUGAAACGAUAGACACGACUGCUAUUUUUUUGCUAAAAUCUUGAGGAUAUUGGCCAAAAUAUUGUCUGAAAUUAUAUUAAUAUAUGACUGUAUUACAAAAGUCUGGACUUUAUCGGACCUAAAAUUCAAAGAAAAAAUAGCAGCUUUGUCUAUCAUUUUGAAACAUCCGAAACUUGGAAAAAUUGUUGCGUGAAGUGCAGUUACGGUGCAAUAAGAAAAAUUUAUUUUUUGGUGUAGGUUUUCAGACCUUCUCUUUCAAUCUGUAAAGGUUUCGUAUUCGUCAACUAAACCCGCACACCGCACUGUAGAUUUUAUAGGCAUGUCUGUCAUUCCGAAACAGUGUAUAGAAAAUUGGAGGGAUUGAAAAAGACGUAAUGGUGUUGUUUUAGGAGGAAAUCGUCAAGUAGAUGCAGAUGAUCAUUUCCAAGUCAUGAGUUGUUUGUUGGCUUUGCUAUUGAGACUGCGACAAGCUUGUGUUCAUCUUUCUCUAACUAAGGGUGUAAGUUAAUUUUGUAGUUUUGAAGAAGGGAUUUGGCAGUAAAUAGAAUGGUUUUGUUGUUUCAGGCAGUUGAUAUUGAAUGCUUCAAAGACGAAGACAUUGCCGUUCCAGACGCCGAAGAUCUUGAAGAAUUGGAGCGAACUUUUUCCGCCAUCACCCUCGAACAAGACGAGGAACUCGGCGAGGAUGUGGUGGAUGUGGAAAAACUCUUCAUCCCAGACUUUAUGAGCACCAAAGUGAGGGCGGUCCUUGACCAUCUCAAAGGAGUCAUCGAUAGGAAAGACAAGGUUGUAAUUGUCAGCCAAUGGACCGGAGUUUUGGACAUAAUCAAGCAACACUUGGAUAGAAAUGAUCUGGAUUAUAUGUCAAUCACCGGACAGAUGAAGCCACUGGAUCGUCAGCAAGUGAUGAACGACUUCAAUUCCAGCUCUGUCCGACCUCAGAUCUUGUUAUUGUCGUUGACGGCCGGAGGAGUUGGCCUAAACUUGACAGGAGGAAAUCAUUUGUUCAUGAUCGAUCUGCAUUGGAACCCAGCCAUGGAACAGCAGGCAUUUGAUCGAAUUUACAGAAUGGGACAGAAGAAGGAGGUGUUUGUGAAAAAGUUUAUUUGUAAAGGAACCAUCGAGCAAAGAGUAUUGGAGUUACAGGAAAAGAAGUUAAAUUUGGCCAAGUCGGUGCUGGAUGGGUAUGUUUUAAGAAGUUUUUGGAAUUGUAAAUGGCUUGUUCAUGUAUGAAAAUUAUUAUUUUGAGAAUUUAGUUAUGGAAUUUCUGCAAUUUCUGCAUAACACGGUUUUUAAAAAUUUAUUUUUGGCAUUUCAGCGUCGCCCAAAAGAACCUCACCAAACUUACGAUGAACGAUCUCAAAUACUUGUUCGAUCUGGACAAUAAAGGCCGCGCUAUCAACACAGCGCCAGCUGUCCCCGCACCAAACAAAGAAAAUCGCCCAGGACCGUCGGGAUCGUCCGUGAAUGGCCUCAGACCUACGAUUCCGGCUUCAAAGCCAAUCCCCACACUGAAAAGACCUAUCCUCUCAACAAUCAACAUUGACUAG